AACCAAUAGAGUUGAAUUAUUUUACCGGGAAAAUGGAUCAUCGUUUGAGCGGGUAAACAGAAUUGCCUGUUAAAUGGAUUGGCGCUUUUAACCAGUUCUUUUGGUGAGUUUGUUGGGAACAAUCUCAGUUUUUAACUAAUUCUUUUUAAUUCUUUGUGGACACAAUUUAUCUCUAAUUAUUGGAGAACUUUUUUUGUCAAUUCCUUUGAAAGUGUUCCGUUUGUGUCUUGAUAACAAUUUGUUCAGAUGAAAACAACAACAACAACAACCAUGGAGUCAACACCAAACUCUGGAAAUAAAACUCGUAGUGAAAGUGUUAUUAUAUUUGCGAAUGGUAAAGACCAUGGGUUUGAGACGAAUAAGGAUAUUGAUGAUAAAUCAAAUUAUCGGAUUUCUAGAAGUGAUGGUGAUGGUGAAAAUUGUUCCAUUUCUUCAAAAAAUUGUUCAUCUUUUCAUUCACCUUUGGCUAAAAAGUUCACCUUAAUUCAAUCGCCAAUUUCUGGUACAUCUUCACCUUCGUCUAUUUAUUACUAUGAUAAUAGUACUAUAACUUCGUGUAAUGUUGUUCUUCAUGGUGGUGGUUGGAAUUCUGAGAGACCAUUAGAUUCUUCUGAAUCUUCAAUUAAUUUAUAUGAUGUUGGUUCUACCAUUCAGUUAAGUCCAGUCUCGGAAAAUGAUUGUCCAGAGAAUCGUUUAAGUGGUUCACAGUAUCGAAAUAAAUUGAAACGUGGUCGACCUAAAUUGGAAACAAUUACAAGUCUCAUGGAAACAACUAAUGAACUUAUUGGUUCUACAAUUAAGUGUGAUGUCUGUAAACGAACAUUUCCUCGUGAGAAAUCACUUCAAGCCCAUUUACGGAUACACACCGGUGAAAGGCCGUAUGUGUGUGAUUUCCCCGAUUGUGGUCGUAAAUUUGCUCAAUCGGGACAAUUACGAACUCACCAGAGACUUCACACUGGUGAAAAGCCAUUUGUAUGUAAUUUCGAAGGUUGUGGAAAUCGUUUUACUCAUGCAAAUAGACGGUGUCCAGUUCACCCGAUGGUCGGUGUCUCCAGAGAUAAAGAUAUUGGGUCACCAGUGUCCAUCUUAAAGUCCAACAGUUCAUUAAAUAACACAAGUCAGGAAAUUCUUGACUGGUUACAAGGUUAUUAUCGAUCAAUCAAAAGACAAGGAUUAAAACGACCAAAGGAAUCUUGUUCAAAUCGACCUUUUAAACGAAAAUUGGACCUUGAUUUAGAUCAUGUCUCCGAAACGGGUAAUUCUUGUCAGGAAAAUUCGGCUCUCAUCUGGAAGAAAAAAAGAGCCGCUCUUCAGCUCCAAGCUAAACUUGAACAUCUUCAAGACAACGGAUCCGAUGCUGGAACAAUUACCGACAAUAGUAGUCCAGUUAAAAGGCCAAUUAGCGUCGAUAAUAAGGUUAAUUAUGAGCAGCUUAGUUCAGAUCGACUGAUGGGAGCUUUGGCCUUAAUGGAACUCGCCAAUUGUCCUGUAACCAAUUCUUUUCACUCCGAAUCCUUUGAUUCCGCCUUUAAUUGUAGCCUGACCGAUGUAUCGGAAACUCAUGAUUACCAUAAAGAAAUGGACGAUCUCAUCUUGGAUAAAAGUCUGGAAUUGCAGUUAAUCAAAUAGAAUACAAAAUUAAACUCUUGUAAUCUAUUCUAAUCGUCAUCAUCAUCAUUAUCAUCUUUUCAUUGUUUCAUCUUCAUAACCAUUUUUGCUUUUAUGAUCAAUCAAUUAACUCCAUCUUUCCCUUCAAAUUAUUUUUUGUAUAUUUUUCUGCUCGACGAUUUAUCUCUUAUUUAAAAAAUAGAGAUACAAUUUAGGUCACUUUUCAAUAUUCUAAUGUAAUUCCCAAUCCCUUAAUUACUACAACUUUACAAUUUUGAAUUGUCGAUGAUAUUUACUCGGUGUUUUCGUCAUUCUUUCCUUACUCAUGCUAAUAUAUGUGCUCGUUAAUUUUGACACAAUAAAAGAAACAAAUUUUUAAUAAUGUAAACAAUUGACUCUCU